CAUCAAAAUGAAGCAUGGUAAUUUACAAAAAGCAAAUAUAAGAUACUUAUACAAAAAUCUAUACAGAAAAAGAAAAACCAUACAAAAUCCAUUGUUAUGAGUGAUAUGAGUGUAACAUUUGAUUCAUAUAAAUUAAAACAAAAAAACUAACCUCAUUCGCUUCACUCAUUGAAAUGAAUAAAUAUAAUUGUUGUCAAUGGGUUUCUUUUGUUGUUGUUAGGUUCUUCAUUCUGUUGACAAGAUAUAAACAAUUUAUAAUAUUCAAUUAUUAAACAUUAUGAUUCAUUAUCAUAAUCUAAUAUAUAUAUAUCAAAAUAGUCAACCUAACAGGUAUUCUUUAUGUAAUUAUUAUCUUAUUUGGUAUUUUAUAUUAUCUUAUAUAUUUGCAAUUCCAUCCCAUAAAAUGCAUUCAGAGAUUACAGUCAGUUUACCGGAUACUUAUAUGUUACAUAUAAAUAAAAAUAAUAAGUAUUAUUUAAAUGAUUAUCAUAUCAUCAAUUUUAAACAUUUAAAUAAACAAAAUACAAAUUUAUCAUUGAAUAAUCAAAUCAAGGAUGUAAUGGAUAAUUCUAAUUUAACUAGAAUAAAAGAGCAUAAUUUACAUAAACAAUAUUAUAGACAACAAUCAUAUCAACCGACAGAAGCUAUACACUUUCAAUCAGGUUCAUAUUUUAUGAACAAUCCUUUACAAGUUAGUUCACAGAAUCAAUAUUUACCUGAAUUGGAACAAUAUUAUCCAAAUGUUUGGUUUCAACAAAGAAAACAUUUGACAACAUCUAAAUAUCGUUCCGAUUUAUGGACUACAUUACAUGUCGAGAACUGUUAUGAAGUCAAACCAGCUCCAGACUUGUUAUCUCAAGAAGAAAUUCAUUGGUAUGAAAGAAAUUUAUCCAAUCAUAAUAAUAAAAAACGUUUUUCAAGACAAAGUGAAAGAAAAUAUAAAAGUUAUUAUAAGAAGUUACCUGGUUUAAAAAGUCAAUGGCUUCUAAGUAAAAGAAAUUGGAUCAAAUCUCCUAAAAAGUUUACAUGGUUAACAAGAGAGCAGAAUAAAAAUUAUUCUCUAUUGAGGUCAAAACGCUCGGUUCAUGAAAAUGAGAUCAUUGCAAAUGAAAAAUUGAAAAUAUCUAGCAACACAGUUGUAACUAAUCAGAAUUUCAGAAAUAAAUCUGCAUUAAAUCAUCAUUCUACAAAUAAUAUUGUUGCUGUAAUCACUGUGCACAAAAUUGCUAUUCGUCCAUCUGUAUUAAUUUUAAAACAAGGAAAUGUUCAAGCACGUAUACAGUAUGUUAUGCAAUUACAUAAAGAAUUAACUGAGCAAUAUCGGCUUAUUUUAGAAGUACGUAUAAAUCCGGAAUUUCCUCCGUUAUACAUUGGAGUUAUCCAGAAUGUGUGUGAUUACUGGCCAGCAAAUGUUCCACAAUCAAAAUGUUCACUGAAAAGACCUAGAUUUUACCAGAAAAACACAAUGUGCUUUUGUAAUAUGCCACCGGGUAUUUAUAGACAACGUGUGAAAUUGAAUCUUAACAAUAUUCUAGAUGAACUUGAAUUACCGCGAUUUUUAGUUAAUUUCUUAUUUUCUGAUAAGAAACUUGAUGUUCAUAUUACAAUCAAACUAGAAAUGGAAAACAAAGAUCUUGUAGGUUGUAUGAAAGUGAAAUUACCAUUACAAUUCAUAUCUGCAUAAAGAAUCAAAUGCCUCAUACUAAUUUCUUUCUUUCUUCUUCGUCUUUUUCUUUUUUCUUCCUUUAUUUUGCAUUAUUUUUCAUAAAUGUACUAUUCAAUUGUACAAAAAGGAAAAACUCAUGUUCACUUCAUAAAAUCAUUUUAAGUUUACUAUUUAAUUGUUUGCUUUAUUACAAAGUAAUUUCUCA